GACGACAACAAACUCCUCCAACACAAUUGGCCCACACUCCAUUGGAACGAUUACAGAAUAUCGUAUCUCAUUGGGAUGAUGGCGAGUGUGUCAAUCUAGGCAUAGAGUCUGAAGUUUUUGAUCAGGAUAUGUCUCACUGUUAUAUAUUUAAGGAUGACAUACUUCAGUUUGCUCGAAAGGAGAAGAUUGGACAAGCAGUACUCGUCAGCUACAUGAGGUUCAUUUACAGAUAUGUGGUACAACAAGGUCGCCAAAAUAAAUUUUUAUUUGUCAAUCCUAAUAUCGUCGCCACUCAAGGGAGUUCAUUCGACGAUCAUGUUCAGAAUCUGUUCAGACGUUGCAAUGACGUAAAAUCAAAAGAACAAGUUAUGCUUGUCCCUUGGAACCAUGGUGAACAUUGGAUGUUGCUUAUUUUGGCACCAUAUGCAUAUAAUGUUUAUUGUUGUGAUCCGGUGAAUUCAGAGCUAAAUAACCGUGAAGAGAUUGUAUCAGUGAUCGUCAGCGCUUUCAAUCUUUUUUUCUCUAUGAAUCUUCCUGAUGUCGAGAUCCCUGAUACUCUACGCAUUAAGCAACCUCAGUGUCCACACCAACCGGACAAUGUGGCAUGUGGAUACUACUUAAUGAGGAUGUUGAAGGAUUUGAUUGAACAUGCGAGUCCUGGGCAUUUCUUGAGAACGCUAACAAGCACAUCAUAUACAGAGGCACAAAUUGAUGAGUUGCGACAAGAAUGGGCGACAUAUAUGUUGCCGAUAAUCCAAAGUUACCAACCUCGUUGAUAGGUUUUUUUUUUUAAUUUUUUAACUCUUUCUUCAUACACAAUGCAAUAUUUGUUCAUUUUGAAUAUUUCUAACAAAUAUUGUAUUUCUUGUAUAUAUCUAACAAAUAUAUUUUUUUCUUUCAAUUUAAUUGAUUAUUAAAUUAAUUUAAAUUUAGAUUAAAAUAAUUUCAAUUUAAAUUAAUAUUAUUUCAAUUUAAUUAAUUAUUAAAUCAAA